AUGACUGGGAUUCCUUAUGGAGGAAAGGGGAGUGGAACUGCUGGUCCAGGAACCACACAGACCGAAUCUAGCAGCGGGCACCAGCUGUGGUGGGUGCCCUGGAGGAACAAGGCUGUGUCAUCUAACCCGACUGCCCCUCAGAACGUCUCCUCCACCUACAGUGGGAUAACCAGUGAAAAAGAAGUCAUGGCUGACAAGUUCAAGGAUGCAAGUAACUUCGGCUUCCUGGAAGCAGCAGUUAAAAUCAGCCACACCUCCCCAGAUAUACCAGCAGAGGUCCAGAUGUCAAUGAAAGAGAACCUCAUGCGUCGCACGAGGAUUCAACGGCAGGCCACAGAGCCAGCUUCUUCUACUAGGCAUAUUUCUUUCAAAAGGCAUUUGCCUCGUCAGAUGCAUGUGUCUAGUGUGGACUUUGGAACCGAUACUUUGGAAGUGACUGAGCAACCAACUAGCAUUGGAAGGAUAAAGCCCGAGCUGUACAAACAGAAAUCAGUGGAUUCUGAAGAUACCAAGAAGGAUGAUGCUAAGACAUGUGGAAAGAUCAACUUUACCCUAAAGUAUGACUAUGAAAUUGAAACCCUUAUAGUCAAAAUUCUUAAAGCAUUUGAUCUUCCUGCCAAGGACUUUUGUGGAAGUUCUGAUCCUUAUGUGAAGAUAUACCUUCUACCUGACCGGAAGAGGAAAUUUCAAACUCGGGUACACAGAAAGACUCUAAACCCAACAUUUGAUGAAUCUUUUCAUUUCCCGGUCCCAUAUGACGAGUUACCAAGUCGAAAACUUCACCUCAGUGUGUUUGACUUUGAUAGAUUUUCAAGGCAUGACAUGAUAGGAGAGGUAAUUUUGGAAAACUUGUUUGAUGCCUCAGAUUUGUCAAGAGAGUCUUCUAUCUGGAAGGAUAUUCAGUACGCCACCACGGAAAGUGUGGACCUUGGAGAAAUCAUGUUCUCCCUAUGUUAUCUACCUACAGCAGGACGCCUGACCUUAACAGUGAUAAAGUGUAGAAAUUUAAAAGCAAUGGACAUCACUGGUUAUUCAGAUCCAUAUGUGAAAGUGUCCCUGCUUUGUGAUGGUCGUAGACUAAAAAAGAAGAAAACAACUAUUAAAAAGAAUACCUUAAACCCAACAUAUAAUGAGGCCAUUAUCUUUGAUAUUCCACCAGAGAGUAUGGACCAAGUCAGCCUUCUUAUCUCAGUGAUGGAUUAUGACAGGGUUGGACAUAAUGAAAUUAUUGGAGUGUGUAGAGUUGGUAAUAGCACAGAAGGCCUUGGAAGAGAUCACUGGAAUGAAAUGUUGGCAUAUCCACGAAAGCCUAUAACACACUGGCAUCCACUGGUAGAAAUGAAAAAGUCAUUUAAAGAGUGGCAAGGCCGGGCAGCUAGUUUUGACAGUCAAGGUUCAUGCCCUUCUCCAAAACCUCCACCUACUCCUUGAAACAAAAUGAAACCACUCUGAAGCUUAAUUUUUGCACCAACGUCCAGACUUGUUUGAGAAUCCUGCAGAAGAUCUCUCACCUCCCGAACAGCAAGUCAUAAAACCAAUCGGUCAACUGGUCUUUACGAUUAAGAAGAGUGCAGGAAAACGUACAUGUGAUUUAGUUUUGUCUUGGUCUGUAUUCUCCUGAAAUAUUAUAUUUUGAUGUUUUCAUGAUAAAAAAAAUGGACAACAAAAUGGAGAGAUUUAAGAGCAGACUGAAGCAGACUGAUUUCAGUGUGUGAAUAUUUGUUGUUAUGUGGGCAAUGAAUGUAAAUUGGAGUGUUCUUCACAGGAAACCUGGGAGAAUCACUAACGUGGCAUCCUUACUGAAGUCUUUACUCUCAGCCAUGGUUCCACCGGUACGAAGGAUUGAGGAUUGAAAUAAUUACAGUUUAUAUUCUAUUCUAAAGAUCUUGUAUGUCCUUUCUAUGUGAGAACAUUCUCAUCAACCUGUGUCGUCCUUGAUGAUUUUUGUGUAAUAUGACAAAAGAAAUGCUUUCACAUCUUGAGCUUAGUUUAUGCUUACGAUGACCCUCACAGGCAAUUAACUUUUUAUGGGAGUUGAUCUUUUUACACCCGGCUCAUUGAAAUUUUCAGAGUGCAUUUAAAUGCAAUCCUCUUAAUGCAAAGGGGAUCCUAACAUAUUACGGAUCUCUAUGCCGCUCUCAGGAAAAAUCAAUAGACAGCAAUUACAAAAAGGCAUUGUUCAGUGUUUUAUUAACAUGCUGCAUGUCAUCUGUGGCUCUUUUGCUAGUGAAUGUUUUGUGGAUCAGCUUCUUAUACUGUUGUUCACACUGAUGUAUGGCCUAUCCACUUAUUUGUGUGCUGCAUUGAGAUUUUACACUGUUGAUUAUAGCUUGGCAAUGCUCAUCUGAUUAUAUUUAACACUAAAGCUAUUCACUGCCUUUGUUCAAGCUUACACCUAGCAAACAUUAUACAUCUCUCUACAAUAAGGGUACAUGUCCACGACCACAUCAAUUUUGUGGUCCACAAACCAUGGAUCUGCAAAAUAUAGAUAACUUCUGUGUGCAAUUCGCAUUUUUCUCAGUUCCAUUAAUAGAAACGGACAAGAAUAGCCAUGUUCUAUAAUUGACAAGAUGGACAUACAGAUGAGGCACACUGAUAAAAUCCAUGUUCUGUCCGUUUUCUAUUUGUUUUUUUUUGCAGACCCAUAGAAAUAAAUGGGUCUGUGUGCAGGCUGCAAAAACGCACACCCAAAAUACAUCAUGUGCAUGAGGCCUAACAAUGAGUUUUCUACCACUAAUGCUGAUUAUAAUAAUCUAAGAUUUUUAUGUAGCUUAUUUUCCGCAUACUA